CACGUUGUCAACGCAAUCAUUAUUUGAUCCAUACGGUUACUAUUUAACAACGCUAUCUGCCUUGAUUGAGAAAAAUAGUAUCACCACAAAGGGAGUUUUCUGGGAGCAAAAUUGCUGACGUUGUCACAGCACUUCAUUACAGGACUAUAAAAGUGAAGUUGAAAAUUAAUCCUGAUAUUAUUAAGCAUCCGAGCUCUGAUAAGGCGUCUACUGAAAGAGAGGAAAGGGCUAACAGGGAACGCACUCGACUGCAGCAGAACAAUGGUGAAAGCAACAGUGGUACUUUCCUGUUUAACAAUAUUUCUAAAUCUUAUAUUAUGUUCAAAUGGAGUAUUUUUCACAGAAAGUAGAGAGAACGACUUUCCCAGAUUAGGUAAAAAGAGAUCACAAGGAAAUUAUGGGCUGUUUCGUACCAAUGAUAGGGAGAACGAGUUACCUAGAAUUGGUGCUAGAAAAGGACUAUAUGCAGAUCGGGGUGAUGGAGAAUUUAACGCAUUUUCAAAGUUUGACAGCAAUGAAGACGAGCGCGUGUCCCUCAAGGAAUACCAGCAUCAAUUUGAAGCUUUGAAAUUAUUAGAACAAUGGCUCAUGGAUGUGCUCUUUAGAGCUUGGGACAAGAAUGGUGAUGGUUUUCUAACAAGAGCUGAAUUCGACAAAAGGCUGAAGAAGAUAGCCCGAGAAAUCAAAGUAAUUGCAUCACUAUGAUCGUGUUAAUGAUAACAGCCAGUAGGAGGAAAUAACUCAACAAUGAGAACACCUUGAUUGGGCCCUAAGGAAAGACACUAGAUUAUCAACGCCACGGAACUUAGUACUUAAAAAAUGUAAGACGAGUUCACUUACAGACAAAACAACAUUUAAAGGAUGAGGAACAAGUUUUAGGAUCCUUCUCAACGUAUGGCACCAACUUAAUGUUCCAAAUAAGAUGUGCAUGUAUUGUAUCUGCCAAAAAGGGAUGAUAAUUUAAACUUUUAUCUCUGAACAAACGCUACACGUGUAAUAUUCCAAUUCAAUUUUCUCUAUAUAGAACUACCCGUGUCGUAAGACAUUAUUAUUGAGGAAUGAACACAGGGAAAUAAAACUCAUCAUUGCUAUUUGAGUCAAAAUACUUAAUAAUCACAACACUAUGAAUGCAUGUGAUUUUCACUAGGUCAGAUGUAAUAAAAUUACUUUCGGAAA